AUGUACCGGAAAGGCUCGGUCGUCCACGCCCCUAGUAGUGAGUGGAUGCAGCCCCGUGUCAUUGGAGACCCACCCUACUGUUCGGAAUGCUGUAAGAAGCUACUCUGGAGGAUAGUCGAUCGACGCGACGAGAUUUUUCAUCUUAAUCUCCACGACUUGAUGGAAUGCAGCAACCGGUGCAUACUAUCUAAGGAGUCACCUAUCGUAUCCAUUGGGUGUGACACUACUGAUUCCUGCCCGGACCCCAAUGGCCAUCUGGAUCAUGUCUCGAUUCGCAUCAAUCUACAAAGUCACCUUACCGGUAUAAUACAUGAUAGCAGGUCAUUCACGGUUCAUACAAGCUUUGGCAGAGCAUUUCGUAGAGCCAUAUGGAGCAAUGCGGAUUUUCAAAAUAUCAAUACAAGAAGUGCAACGAUUCGCGAGUGGCUUUUGGAGUGUCAAGAACACCACCCUGAUUGUCGGAAGACUUUAAAACUGGAUACGCCAUUAGCAGCGCGCAUUCUCGCCAUCCAAGAGCAGGGACACAAUGACUUCUCCAUCAGACUUGUUCGGGCUGAGGGCAUCAAUCUACAUAACGAGCCCUAUGUUGUACUGAGUCAUGUAUGGGGCGGAAUAGACAUCUUCUGCAAAACCACCACCAGAAACAUCUCACAGUACGAGCACACUGGUAUCCCUUUUGGAAGCUUGACAAAGACUUUUCAAGAUGCAGUCAGAAUCACUGCUGCUGUAGGCUUCAAGUACCUUUGGAUAGACAGUCUUGCCAUUAUCCAGGACGAUAAAGAAGACUGGCAACGUGAGAGUAGUAAGAUGGCAGCGAUAUUUCGUGCUGGCACUUUCACACUGUCUGCUACUAGUGCACAUAAUGGUCAUGGGGGUUGCGGGUUGACUGCAGAAUUUGAGCCAGCGGUUCCGUUUCCCGGGUUGUAUGAAGGCCACCCAGGGUUCUCUGCUAGGAGAACAGGAACAUGCGGCAAAAGCUCCACUGAUAUUCUCAGAGAGCAGCUUUUACAUGCACCAGUCAGCACCCGGGCAUGGAUAUUGCAAGAGAGCAUGCUUUCACGCCGUACCUUGCAUGCUACGUAUUCGCAAUUCGUAUGGCAGUGUGGCUCACUUACGGAAAGUGAGGAUAGCACUAUUUACAUGCAGGAGAAACGCGCGCCUAUGAGGAUGGGCUUAUUCGACAUCCAGAGAAACAGAACACGCGAACACGGCGCUCCCAAGAUGAUCGACUCUACUGAAGAUGAGUAUGGGUUCGACAUUGACUGGUGGCGAUGCGUGGCAGAUUACUCCAAGCGAUCCCUUACCUUCUCAGGCGAUCAAUAUGCCGCCAUAGCCGGGAUCGUGCAGUUGCACCAAGAUUUGUCCAACGAUCACCCAAUUUUGGGCCUCUGGAAACGUCACUUGGUUCACCAUCUGGCGUGGAGAGCUCUUCGCGAACCUCAUCGGCACAUCAUACCCACACGGGAGCCCGCCGACCGCCGACCGAGUUGGACAUGGAUGUCUUAUGAACACGGCAGCGUCGGGAUUCGAGCACCCAUAUCUUUGUAUGAUAUGAUGAACGAUUCAGCAAAGACAAGCAAAUUACGGAUCGUGUACCGAGCCCAAAUCUUGCAGGCCAAUGUCAGUUGGAGCGGCGAGCCGCUGACUUCCGAUCCUAGUAGCAGCACGAUUCGAAUACACGGGGCGUUCCAUGGUAUGUCCCGGCCCGAGCCAGUCCGGCGUUGGGCAGAUAGCAGCCCGUUACAACUAGAUCCAGGCGUCCUUGGUUCGAGCGAAGCAAGCGGUCAAUAUGACACGCUCGCACUUGCCGCCUACGUGCGCAAUCCGGGUUUGACAAACCAGCCACCAGUUGUAACAACCAGUUAUCUGGUCAUCGAGUCGAUAAAAUCGAGAGGGAAAGACGAAUACAUGCGUAUUGGGAACAUGAUGUUGUCGGAGGACUUUGAGGUGCCUGAUGGCCAAUCGUACACGCCAAAGGGUGUUCUGAGGGAUAUUACUCUUGUCUGA